ACUUUGACAACUUGAAAUUAAUAAAUAAUUUAAAACACUUCAAUGACACACUGUGUGUACACUUAUUGCAAUAGAUUUUUGAUGACAAUUUUAUAGUUAAAAAUAUUGAAAUACAACAACGCAAUUUUUAAUAUAUUGAUACUUAACUAGACAUAGGAGUAUAGGCUUUUUGUGUACCCAAGUUCUAUAUUCCUUUCACUAUCAUUAUUUUGAUAUCAAUUAUUUGGCUGAUUUUCAUUGGUUGAUGAAUAAAAAAAUAAAUACUUAUCGGUGGCAUACUUCCCCACCAAAUAAUUUUCCUAUGUUAUCAUUCCAAUAUUCAAAUAUGAUAAGACCAUAAAAAGAAUACAAAUUAAUUUAAUUUUAAGUAAUCUAUGGACAUAUUUUACACUAAUUGUUCUACAUAUAUAAUUGUAUUUCAACAUUGAAGUGGACGAUGUUCAAGUUACGAUAAUCUAAUUCUAGUUAUUCAGUUUAAUAUAGUUUUAGUAAUGUGUUGUCUUUAUCAAUUAAUAAUUUUGUGAUUGUAAUUUUUCAUCUUGUAUUGUGUAGAACUAAUUUUAUUAAAUAUGAGUUUUUGGCGAGAAGCUUCUAGUGUCAUUCUUCUUACAAAAUCUUCCAAUGUUAAAAAUGUAAAAACUGUCUAUUGGGAUCAUUUCCGAAUACUUUGCAUAAAAAGAAGUGAAAAAAAUUCAUUUUUGCCAAACUAUACAGUCUUCCCUGGAGGGACUACAGAAAAAUCAGAUUCUUCACCAGAAUGGAAAGAUAUUAUUCCAGAUGUUAUGAAUUCUAAUUUAAAUUUAAAUAUUAUUGGUUUUAAUGGCAGUCCAGCUACUAAAUUUGUACCUGAUAAUGAACCGGGUUCCAUCCCCAAAGAUCUAUCAUUAAGAGUGACUGCUAUUAGAGAAACAUUUGAAGAGAGUGGUAUAUUAUUAUGCAAAAGGAUUAACUGCAACAUGGCUGAAACUUGUGCUUCUGCAAAUCAUUUAGAAAUAGAUAGUAUUGACAGAUGGAGAAAAUUAGUUCAGAAAAAAGCAUCAAAUUUUAUUGAAUUAUGUAAUCAAAACCAUUGUUAUCCAGAUGUUGGUGCUUUGCAUCUGUGGAGUAAUUGGUUGACUCCUCCACUAUUGAAAACAAAGUUUGAUACCAAAUUUUUUCUUGCUUAUAUUGAAUCUCCAGUAAAUGCAAGUCCUGAUGGUAUUGAAACAUCGCAAAUGGCAUGGAGUACACCAGAUGAAAUACUAUCAAGAUUUGUUGUUGGUGAUGAAAAACUUGUUACUCCUCAAUAUUAUGAACUAUUAAGGCUAAAACAGUUUACAUCAAUUAACAAAUUAAUUUAUUUUGCACGUGCUAGAAGUAUUGAAGGCUGUGAACAAGUAUUACCAAUGGUUAUUGCCACUAAAGAUGGUUAUCUAACAUUACUUCCAGGCGACGGAAUGUUUAAUAGUUCUAAAAAACAUAGUGAAGAGGUACAAUAUAACUUGGACAAACAUAUGCAAUGUUUUGACUCUCAUGUUAUGCAUAGACUUCAUCAUACUGAAGAAUACUUACCAAAAAAAUUAAUAAUUAAAAACUAUAUACCGAAAUGUAAACAUGUAUUGCCUUCCACAAUAUUACCCGAUCAUAAAUUAUGAUAAUUAUUUACUAAGAAAAUAUUCAAAUAAUUAUGAACAUGACAAUAUUGUGUAAUUUUAAUCUACUAUAAUAUUGUAUAUUUUUACUUCCAUAUGCAAUUAUUUAAAAUUUGAUCUCUGUUUAUUGAAUCAAGUGAACCAAAUCUCAAUUUUGUUGUUUUUAACUAUUUGUUGAAUUAUUUAUUAUAUUUUAUUUACCUAAAGUGAUGCAACGUUACUUAUAUUUUAUUGGUUACCAUAAAUAUUCUACUGUAUAUUUGAAAGUAUUAAAAAAAUUGAUUUUAAA